AUGAUUAUCUAUGAAGACGACAAAUACGCGUGUGUAUCAUGUAUUCGCGGUCAUAGGUCGACCACAUGCAGACAUACUAACAGAAUGUUAGUCAAGGUACGCACAAGAGGAAGACCUUCAGCGGUGGAUAUGAGGAAAGUGAUCCUUGUGGACACCUCGUCAGAGGUCAGCUCUGUCUCCGGGUCCACCGAGAUUAACCAUAACAGCAAGGGUGGCAAUAGUGCAGGGGGAAGUGGCGGCAGAAACAGUAGCAGUCCUAUCAGCAAUGGAGUCACCAGCCCUACUACCCCAUCUUGUGGUGGGAAAUCAAUGAUUUACAGCUCGAGCAGUGGCAGCGGCACUGGCAGCAUAGAUUUCCCCGACGAGUUCGGCGGCUCAGAUAUGGGAUGUCCCGGAAUGAAUGUCCAACCAGUUCUGUUUCUUCGUGCAAAACGUAAACAGAAUGCAUUGCUUGUUAACGGUAAAUUAAAGAUCAUCGUAGAGAAUAAUAAUAACAACAACAACAGCAAUAACAACAGCACCGUUGCUUCGGAAAAUCAUAAUGGCGACUCUGAAGAUGUCGAAGAAUCAGAAGCUUCCAAGUUCAAAUAUGUGACAGAAAAGGAGUAUUUACAAAAAUACGGCACCGAUGGAAACGCAUCUAUCACUAACAAUAAGAUAUCUUCCACUGGCAAGAUUCACACACACGAUGGAGCCCAUGAAGAGAUUGAUGGAAUGCGCUUAUGUUCUUGCAGGGAAGAACGCAGUACUAACAAAACUAAACCAUCUCCAGGAGCAACCGGAGAAACUAUGGGCGGCAACAUUCACACAGGGUGUUGUACAACUGGUUCAACACCCACUGCUAUACCUUCAACUGUACCUUCGGUAAUACCUUCCAUCUCAAUGGAAAAAACGUUAUCAUUCACUACCCCAUCCGCUUCUAACGAUGUCCAAGAAUCAGAUCCCAUUAGCGCUCCAAUGUUGAUGGCGUCAUCUUCGAAUUCGCCGGGGUUGGAGCCAACCGCAGUAGGAUUUUUGGAUUCAUUGAAAGUUGAAGAUCAUGGAUUAGGAUUGGUUUCAAAUGGUGACAUACGAUUGCCACCACCACAUGCAUUUGCAGUUCAGCCCAGUAACAAUGGCCAUCAUAUGCAGCAGCAACAACAACAAACUCAUCAAUUCGGAAUAACGCAAGAUCAAUGCGUCGUCGAUCUUCUGACACAUCGUGGAUUGUACCUAAGUUCUACAUGCACAUGUCCAGAUGAUAAUUGCCGGUGCGUCAAUUGUUUGGUCCAUAGAAAUGAAAAUGAAUUGAAUAGUUAUAUACAAAAAAGUGGAGUACCGCUCACACAUUUCGGCGAAGCACAUCUUACCAAUACAAUGCUCGAAGAUUGUUGCUAUGGCUGCCAGUGUACGCCUGAAGAUUGUCAAUGUAAUGAUUGUUUAGUGCAUGGUACUGAAAUUUUAUCAUUUGAUAAAUUGUUAUUCUAUGGAAUUUUAAACGUACCGCUAAGAAGAAAAUCAAUGAUUAAAUUCAAGAAAACUUUGAUCCCAUCAAAGUUCUGGUGGGAUUUCCUAAAAUUGCAAGUACCAUUAAUGACAGAACAACAGUUGGAGUCCCUAGAUAUGUUAAGUUGGUUCGAAAAUAUUAUCGAGACUUACAAGGAGGAUUUACAGAACUCUUCUGCUUAUUCUUCUAGUUACAUGCCACAAACAACUUCAAUGUUUUCAUAA